GUCAACACGCAGCCAAUUCAAGAGCUUGUCCUAAGAUGAAGGAGGAAAUAGCGAUUCAAAAAGUUAGGACUAUGGAAAAACUGAGCUAUCUAGAAGCAAAGAAAAAAGUAAUCAGGCCCAUUCCUCAAAAAUCCUACUCCGAAAUUGCGGCGACCACAAAAACAUCUUUCAACCCUGAGGCAAGGAUAACCCCAAUGCAAGACCUGGUUCGCCAAUGGAAAGCCAAACCACUACAUGGUCAGUAUAGGAGCCGCAUAGAAGACAACGCCAUUGACACGAAGGCUUCCCAAGGAUGGUUGCAGUCAGACAUUAGUGAAUUGUCCAAUGGAAACGAAGAAGCUAAUUGUAUUAGCACAGAAGAUGCUACUAGGUCUUCAUACGAAGGUACUAGUUCAGGAGAACAUAUAUUCAUGAGUGCGCCCUCAUGGGCCGAAAACUGGAAGUCAUUCCUGCUGAUGAUUGAGAAACAUAACCUUUUGCUGGAAUCAUUACAAGAGGCAUUGUCGGGUGUUCGAGGACGGAUGUUGAAGAAUAACCCACAAGACGUCAAGAUGGGAGUAGAGAAGGCGUUUCACUUGGUUAAUAACUUAACUUCACUGACCAAGGACCUUAAGGGAAGGGGUGAGAGUUUCCAGAAGGAACUGGCAAUCACCCCUCGUGAAAGUUUAAGGUACCGCCCUAGAGCAGCAUCCACUGGCACUGCGAUAGUUCGGCCCAGAGGCGAAAAAAGGGAAGCAUCCAGAACACCUGAGGAAAAGAGGGAUCCAAACAAAGGCAAAACUGACACGCUCAGUCAACCAGCGUCAAAGGCGUCUCCGGGGCAAAGUCAGGACCACCACGAGCAAGGCAACAACGAAGAAGGCUUCCAAGUGGUUACCAAUCGAAAGAAAGAAGGAAGGAAAGUACAGAAAGAGAAAAGAAAGGAGAAAGUCGCAAGCAAAGAGCAUAAAGCGGACAAGGAGGGCAGAGCGGCGCCUUCAAACAGAACACGUAAGCGCAGAACGUCAGAAGCAGUCAAAGUCACUGCGGUCCUGAGGUCUUUUGCAGACAUCCUGAAGACUAUGAAGGCUAAAGUAAAUCCAGCCGAAACUGAGACAGAGCUCUUGUCCAUUAGAAGAACAAGGGACAAUGAUAUGCUGUUUGUCCUUAAAAAAGGCGGAAAGGCUUCUGAGUUUGCCCACGCUCUGGCAGAGGCGGUAAAGGAAAAGGCCGAAGUCAAAAGUCUAACCUUGUUCAAGACCUUAGAGCUAAGAGACUUGGAUGAAACCGUUACGGUAGAGGAAGUUAUCAACGCACUCCACCAGAAACUUGACAAGGACGCAGUGGACAUGAAUUGUCGCCUAUUUUCUCGACGUGACGCCCCGAAGGUAGCACUUAUCAAGACUUCGGAAUUAGACGCAGAACACUUGCUGAAGGGUUCAUAUUGGCUGGGUGAACUGCAGGAUACGAGAGCAUGUAGAAGUGACGAGAUGUCAUAG